AUGUUAGCCAUAAUAACACAACACACAAUCCAUUGUUCUUCUUUUAUAACUAUCAGAAACAAACACAAUUCAAAGUUUAAUUCCUUUUACGCCAAAAAAUGGGUAGUGCUAAAACAGCCAUGCUGAUCCUCUUAGUAGCAACGGUCAUCGCAUCUUGUGCCACGGCCAUGGACAUGUCCGUCGUUUCCUACGAUGAAAACAACCACAUGACCGCCAGUUCUGGUCGUGUUUUUGACACUGAAGCAUCGUUAAUAUUUGAGUCAUGGAUGGUCAAACAUGGGAAAGUGUACGAGUCCGUAGCUGAGAAGGAACGGCGUCGGACCAUUUUCGAGGACAACAUCCGUUUUAUCAAUAACCGGAACGCUGAGAAUCUUAGUUAUCGGCUGGGUUUAACCCGGUUUGCGGAUUUAUCUCUUCAUGAGUAUGAAGAAGUUUGCCACGGGGCUGAUCCAAGACCUCGUAGGAACCACGUCUUCAUGACUAGCAGCGAUAGAUACAAGACUAGUGCUGGUGAUGUGCUUCCUAAGUCUGUUGACUGGAGAAACGAAGGCGCAGUUACUGAAGUGAAAGAUCAAGGCCAUUGCAGGAGUUGCUGGGCUUUCUCGACGGUGGGAGCAGUGGAAGGCUUAAACAAGAUUGUGACGGGAGAGUUAGUCACUUUGUCUGAGCAAGAUUUGAUCAAUUGUAACAAAGAAAAUAAUGGUUGCGGAGGAGGCAAAGUGGAGACGGCCUAUGAGUUCAUCAUGAACAACGGUGGUCUUGGUACCGACAAAGAUUAUCCUUACAAAGCUGUUAACGGAGUCUGCGAUGGCCGGCUCAAGGAAAACAACAAGAAUGUUAUGAUUGAUGGGUAUGAGAAUUUGCCUGCCAACGACGAAUUUGCUCUAAUGAAAGUGGUUGCUCACCAGCCUGUGACUGCCGUUAUCGAUUCCAGCAGCCGAGAGUUUCAGCUUUAUGAAUCGGGAGUGUUUGAUGGCACGUGCGGAACAAACCUAAACCAUGGAGUUGUUGUGGUCGGGUACGGAACCGAGAACGGUCGUGACUACUGGCUCGUCAAAAAUUCAAGGGGAAAUACAUGGGGAGAAGCUGGCUACAUGAAGAUGGCUCGCAACAUUGCCAAUCCAAGAGGCUUAUGUGGCAUUGCUAUGCGAGCUUCAUACCCUCUCAAGAACUCGUUUUCUGCCUAUAAAAGCUAUAUCGCCUAAUAAAAUGAACUAUAUGUAAUAUUAUGCAAGGGAUCCACUGAGCGAACAACCUAUGCGAUUUUGAAAGAAAAAUAAUGUAAUCGAUGGGUUUGGUUUUGUAAUAUAUAUUCGACUUGUAUGGGGGUCAAUGUUUGGAGAGUUUGUAUAAUAUUUAUGGAUUUUUCGUUCUAA